AUGGCCGCUGCAGGUGUAUACCUUCACGAUGAUUAUACGGUUGGCUUAGUUUGUGCCCUUCCGCUGGAACUUGCUGCUGCUACUGCCAUGCUAGAUGAAAUCCAUGCCGACCUACCUACACCUCCUGUUGAUGGCAAUAUCUAUACUCUCGGGAAGAUAGGUGUUCACAAUGUUGUCAUAGGCUGCUGUCCUCCCGGGUCAUAUGGUACAACCUCAGCAGCUAUAGUGGGUGUCCAUAUGAUAUCUUCCUUCCAGUCAAUCCGGUUUGGCCUGAUGGUGGGAAUCGGAGGUGGAGUUCCUAGCACGCAAACUGACAUUCGGCUGGGAGAUGUUGUUGUGAGCAUGCCAGCAAGUCAUUAUGGGGGCGUUGUGCAAUAUGACUACGGCAAAACAAUUUAUGAGGGCAAGUUUCAGUACUCUGGUACCUUAAAUAAGCCUCCUCAUGUGCUGCUUAGAGCGGUUUCGAGCCUACGAGCAAAGCAUGAGAGUGACUACAGCCAGAUUCCGGCCUAUCUUUCUGAGAUGGUGACCAAGUAUCCACAUAUGUCCAGUUUUACAUACCCUUGGGAGCAGCAAGAUCAACUUUUUGAGGCACAUUACGAUCAUAUUAGCUCCAAUGUUAUAUGUGCCGAUUGUGAUAGAAAAAGAGUUAUCCUUCGCCCUACUCGAGAUACAGAAGAGCCAGAAAUUCAUUAUGGCCUCAUCGGAUCGGGCAACCAGGUGAUAAAGCACGGCCCUACCAGAGACAGAAUAGCCCGCGAGCUUGGAAUACUCUGUUUUGAUAUAGGAGCUGCAGGUCUAAUGGACUAUUUCCCAUGUCUUGUGAUUCGAGGAAUAUGUGAUUAUGCGGACUCACACAAGAAUGCAGGGUGGCAGAGGUACGCAGCAGCAACAGCCGCUGCCUACGCCAAAAAUAUCCUCGCUGUCGUCCCUGAGUUUGGAGAUUUGAAAGUGUGA